UCUUUUCUUUGUUUUGGAACAGGCUGCACCCCCACAUGGCACACUUCUCUUGGCCUGAGCCCCGGCUGCCAGCGGUGCCCCCACCAUAUUCGAACGGGUGAAGAGGCGAGGGUGACCUACAAGGAAUUUUAUGACAGCUUUGGCUUUCCUUAUGGACUUGCCCCCCAGGAGGCCACUCAGCUGCUGUUUUAUGAGCUCCGGACCCCCACGGGGACACUUCUUCAGAAAGGUCAGUCCAGUAGCUGCCCACUGCACGGGCUGCACCCCGAGACUUUGCUCUUCGGAGGAGGCGGGUACCUGCGCUCGGUCAUGGCCGUCUACGCCAACGUGGGCUACGUGACGCUCUACUGCAGCCACUCGCCGUGCAACGAGGCUGGUCACCAGUGCCUGAGCCACAUCGGCCACUUCCUGCAGGACUUUCCCCAGGCCCGCAUGGACUUGUACUUCUCCCAGUUAUACCACACAGGUGAGGAGCACCCCCAGUCCUGCUGGAACUGGCAGGGUCUGAGAGAGCUGGCGAGCCACUGGCCACGGGUAACUGUUUCCCCCCUUUCAGGAACUCGAUGGUCAGUCUUGCUGGACCGGUUUGUUCUGGGCACUCCUAAAACCGCCCCUCUACCACUGCAUGGCAGGGCCAUUGCUGACCGCAUUAAUGCCUAUCAGAUUGGAGUGAUCACUGGCAUCGGUCCAGUUUAUGUCGAUACUGUGCCCGUGAGCGUCCACACUGAGCCGUCCACGCGGAAGCCACCUCCGCCACCGCCACCCCCUUAUCUGAGACAGUCUUACCACAGCUGGCCCUUCCCAGUGCCCCAGUGGGCAUCCGUUCCCAGGAGGAUGGAGUGGUAUCCCCCCUGGAGGACAGUCGACAUCCCAGAGCGGCCCAAGAAGGUGGUGCGCCAUAUCCAGCUGCCCAGCCUCGCCAGUAGUGAGAGACCCUUUGAGGCAGAGGAGGAGGAAGAGCGCAGAGAGAAGAGCAGGAUGAACAAGAAGUGAGGUGGCAGUGCGCCCUGAUGGUCAGUCUUUGAUGGGACUCUUACUGGGGUCAUUUGCUGGACUUUGAACAAUUGUGUGCCAAGUUCAGCCACAUAAACAGUUGGAGGGCACGGGCGUGUGCCAUGGCUGGGUCUCGUCCGUUCAUCUAUUUCAUAACCACGUGUUUUAUUUCUACAACUCCCUGCCCUGUCUGGAGCCAACCUGACCUGGCAGCAACGGGUCUGUCACAGGGCACUGGGCUAGUUAGCCUAAAAUGGACAUUUUGGGGAUUUGGUGGUGGCACAGCUGGACAGGGUGACUCUUGUGACAUUUCGGGCGAGCACGCUCGGUAACCUCAGCCACAUGGACAGGCCCAGGCUGACCGAAGGGACGAGGAUGUGAUCUUCUCCUCCAUUAAAACUCCUCUUACAGGCAGGCUGGCUUGUCAUGUCCACUUCAUUUCUGUGACUGUGUCACCAGUUUAGAGCCCCAUUCAAUCGGGAGACACAGAUGACCUGUGCUGGUCACAGCAGGGAGACCAGAAGGACAAACACCCAAGAGCCACGGUGGGGGGGAAGAGGGCAGGCAGGGGGUCUUACUGAAUGGAAGGCAAGCAGAAAAAGAAAGUUCAUUUUAUAAAUACUUGUUGGCACAAACCUGGCUGAAGAUGUGAAGAGAUUUGGUGACGACAAAGAGGUGAGGCUGGGAGCAAACUGUCCCCUUACUGUAAACACACCUGCUGAAGGGUCUUUAGUGCCCCUUGUGCUCAAGAGUGAGACCCCCUUCUCUUUAUAUUAUCGGCAGUCCAGGUGUCCACCCUCGGACCUCACGACUGGGCAUGGGGUGGGCCACCAUGUGAAUGGCGUCACGUUUCUUAAGAGUGACACAAAGGGACUUUUAAAUGUCCUGAGCGGCAGUGUGGCGGUGCGCCCAGCUGUCCUGUGACUCGUUACAUCAAAGUGUCCCAAGGUCGG